AUGACACUUUUUUCAUCAAUCUCAUCAAUUUCAAGUCCAAUGACAAGUUCAAAAUCCAGUAUUGCCUCGUUUGGUAGUGGGACAAGUAUGGGUUCUAAUUCAAUUGCAUGUGGUGGCGGUUGUGGUGGAGGAAGUGGAAGUAUUCUUGGAUUAGGUUUAGGUCUAGGAUUAGAUUUAACUGGAGGUUCUAGAUCAAGCGGUGCUUGUGGUAGUAAUCGUGGAUCUGGUAAUCGUGGCCAUGGUCAUGGUCAUGGAAGUAUGGGUGGAGGAAAUGGUUCAUGUUGUGGUAUUUAA